CAAAGCGGCUUAUCGAGUCGUCGUACGCAGUCGAUAUGCGAGAUAUGUUAGACAAAUUUGUGAGGUUGGUUUUGUAACGUAAUGAUUUUGUUGUCAUAUUUCAUCAGUUAGAAGUUUCACGAAUAACCGAAUAAACAUAAGUGAUGAAUAUAUCAUUUAUACGAAAAUAGCCUCAGAGUUGUAUUAUUAUUAUUAUAGGCUCUUAUUUUGGAACGCCAGUGUAUGUUUAUUGGAGUGAUUAAUGCAGGACCAGUUUUAGGCCAUAACAAAAUCUACGUAAAUACCACCAGUAAGAGAAUGAGAUGAUUGUAUGUGUGAGAAAAAAUUAAAACUGAUGUCGUGUUAUAGUGAAUGCAACGUAUUAUAAGACAUAGACCACAUUGCACAAUUUUGGGUGUAUUCUAAGAAAUAGGGUCAGAGUGACGAUUUAUUUCAUCGUCUAGUACAAUGGAAAACGGAUCGGACAUUACUUGUGCGCCUUUGGAAGACAAUGAAAUGAAUGUUGAUACAGAUUUUUCGUCCGGAAGUAGCCAGAAUGCUAGUUUCAUACUGAGUAGUGCAUUUCAGACUAGUGGCAGUGAAUGCCCCAGAGUAAUGAAGGCCAGUAGACUUAAGAAUUGUACUUUUAAAGGGGAGACAGAAGGUGAAGCUCAGGAGGUCCCAGAAUGUGAAGUUCCUUCUGAUGAGGAUGAACAGAGAAUGAGCCAAAUACAGCAUGUAGAAAAUCGUUGUAAAGCAUAUUCUGAGCACAUUAGUGAACAUAAAAGAAGAAAGCUUGAGAUUCCAGAGGAAGGUAGUCCAGUGGAGAACAAGAGAGUGAAGAGAGCUGGUAUGUACCUUCUGGGUCCAGUACUAGGGAGUUCCCCUGUCAAGAGCAUUGUCCAAUGUUUAGCCAGAAGAGAUGGAACCGAUGACUUCUACACACUGAAGAUCUUAACAUUAGAAGAUGCUGAGGAGGAGACGCAGGAUGAUCGGCAGGGACGAAUGUUGCUCCACACCGAGUACUCACUCCUGUCACUUCUUCAUAAUCAGGAUGGUGUCAUUCAUCAUCAUGGAUUCUUCAAAGACUCUGCCCUCGAAGAGCGUCAGACAGAGCGUGGCCUGGUGUACACUGGCAAAGUGAAGCAGAGAUUGUGCCUUGUUUUGGACUGCCUGUGUGCGCACGAUUUCAGCUCCCGCAAUGCCGACCUACUGAACCUCCAGCACUAUGUCAUACGGCAGAAGAAACUAAGCGAGAAGGAGAGUAUCGUCAUAUUCUAUGACACAGUCAGAGUUGUCGAAAGCUUGCACAAGAAGAACAUUGUUCAUCGAGACCUGAAAUUGGGUAACUUGGUGUUAAAUCGCUGCACACACCGUGUCACCAUCACCAACUUCUGCCUGGGGAAGCAUUUGGGUAGUGAGAAUGACCGACUGAAAGACCAGCGGGGUUCUCCUGCAUAUAUAUCUCCUGAUGUGCUCUGUGGGAAGCCUUACCUUGGCAAACCAUCGGACAUGUGGGCCCUGGGUGUGGUUCUGUUCACAAUGCUGUAUGGCCAGUUCCCGUUCUAUGACUCAAGUCCUACACAACUGUUCAACAAGAUCAGAGCUGCUGAUUAUUCAAUUCCAAGUGAUGGCAGAGUGUCAGGGGAUACCAUAACAUUGAUCCGUUGCCUCUUGGUCCUCGAGCCGAAGCGUCGAAUGACAGCAUCUGAAGUGUUGGAUUUCCUCAGUGUUAUUAUCGCAAACAGUAAGCUGGGGACAUACGCUGAUGAGCUCUUACAGGUUGUGCCUGAUAUUGACGAUUCAGAAGAAGAUAAAAGUGAAGUUAAACAGUGCCUACAGGAAGAGGCAGGAGCUGACAGACUGGAUGGUUUAUUUCAGAAUACAAGACAACAGGAGCAGAAUGAAAGUCAGCAGUAUGUUGGGCCAUCGAUGAUGGCUGCGCAGUGCAACAGACGUGUCGGGCACAUUCCCAUCCAGAGGAUCGGGCAGGAUGCACGGGAAGUGACCAGAGAUGAGCUAAACCAAUAUCAGCACCUGCUGCAUCCUGUGUGGACUGGCAAGCCAUUGAGUGUGGUGUCUCAGCCAACCAGGAGUCUCUCCCACCACUCCUCAGUCCCCCAGUCUCUGGGUGGACUUCCCUGUGGUGACACUGAGAGAAUCCAUUCAGUCACAGAUACCGGUAACACAAGCAGGGUCGCUCUGCCUGUGGCGAGCUCUAGUGUGAACUCUCAGCACCCAGUUCAUUCAUAUCAGGCACAGCCCUCUCAAGGGUUGUUGAAUCGUCAUCCCGUAAAUGUCGACAGAUGUGUUCCUGUAUCUCAUUGUCCUUCUAACAAUACAACAGCACAGUGUAUUUUAAAUGAUAGUUGUCUUACACAGGAAGUCCAGAAUCUGACGGCCUCACAGAUGCAGGACAAUGGAGAUGUGGGCCAUAAUCAUCCAAGUUCUUCAGUGUUUCAACAUAGGAAUGCCUGUGUCCCAGAUGGUCUGGAUCACCAGAAACAGUUACAUGGUAGUGAAGCCCUUGGAAGUAGCAACUCUAGAGCAGAGGGUGUCAGAAACAUCAUGCAAGGAGGCCAUGCAGGUAGUGGUAGUCAAGUAGAGCCUGUUAUUACGUCUGUCAUUCUUUCACACAAAGAUGCCUGUGUUCGUCAGCGUCAGCUAUCAUCAUUUAUAUCAUCACUGGGGUUGACUUCUGCAGUCACAAAUCCUGCUGUCCCAUGCAUACGGCGUGAAACACAGAGUCAUUCCCCACAGCACACAGCAGCAUUGAGCUUGGACUGCGUGAGAAACAGUACUUCCACAAGGCAGGGUGUGAGUUUGUCAGCUCAGCCUUCGCGGUAUGCAAGAGAUGGCCGCAACAGUUCUGUGUUGCAAGGGCUAUCACAGAUCAGACAGAGUAUCCUCAGACAAUGUAGCAUCUCACCUCAGAUUCGGCGCAACAUUGUGGAAAAUCUCACCUUGCUUCUACGAGCUCGUCGUGAAGCCAAUAACAGACGAAUUACUGAUGAUGGCUCUAAUGGGAGAAGAACAAAUUAAUAUUGUGGCAACACUGUGUUGUGUUUAUAAUUAUGUUUUCUGAAUAAUUGAAGUUUUUCUCUUUUUUUAUAGAUUAAUCUUGGUGUUCUAUGGGUUUUUGAUUAAAUUUGGCCCAGGUGUGCUGGAAUAUCACAGUUCAAAACAAUUUAUUGUGGGUUCAAUGAUUAGGAUUUGAUUAUUGUGAAGGUAAAGUUUUCCACACCUAGUCUCCUAUGCAGUGGUUACCUGGGACUGCUUCCAGUGAUGUAAGCAGAGCCAAGGUCUAGAAUAUGUGGAGCUUCAUUUACAUGUUCCAUGUAUCCCACCUUCGUAUUGCAGUUGGACACUUUAUAGCCAGUGCAGUCUGUAGUGAAAACCACAUUGAUUGUGUGUUUGGAAAGUGACUUUACAUGUCUUUUGAAUGUAGUUGCUCAUUAUGAUUAGCACCAUAUUGGAUUUUUCUGGUUCCCUCACAUACAAGAACUUUGAUGCAUUAUAGCUCUUUACAAGGGAGAAAAUUGCACCAAAUUGGCCAGGGAUCACCAGAUCCCUUGAAUGUUAAAUCUUUACCAGCCAUGCAUUGUGCUACUGCAACAGUGCAUGCUUGUUCUGGCUGAAUAAAUGUUGUAAGAUUUGAGGCUUUCACAGCGGUGACUAUGAGGAAAGCAGUCUU